ACAAACCUUGUUUUGGAUCCAAAGUUUUAAGAUACAACAACGCUUCAAUUCUCAAACGUUUGAAAAGAAUUAUCAAUCUUUUGGUGAUAUAGAUCACUGAUUAGUUAAUCAAAGUCAACCAAAAGAAUAUGAUUAACGUAUUGUAACAAGCUUGUCAUGGACAUCCUUCAUAAUCUUGGUGCGCCAAUAAUCUAGAAAGUCAUUCAUGUCAAAGGGUCGAGAAUACUUUAACAAGUUGCAGCACGUUUCCUGGUUAUAACUUCGAGUUUGAACUCGAAGCAGUACUUUAUAACUGUCCUGUACCUAUUAUGAGUAAGAUCAAAGAAUAAGUUGCAGCAUGGUGCUCAACUCAUGCGUGUCUAGUAGCUUUUAGACUGAAGUAGCUUCUCAGUCCAUCGAGGGUGUAACAAAACUUCUUUCGUUACCGUACUUAGCAAGCAAUACAACCAUGCAGUCAAUGAUACCAUUGAAUGAUCAAUUUCAUCUGGCAACAAUGGUGACAAUUUGUACCGUUGGAGCAAAUGAGUACAUAAGUGAUGACACAUAAUUUAUUGGAUAACUUUGAAAAGAAUAUCCUUAUAUGAAGAUUUAUGUUAAAAAAGCAAAAGAAACUUGUAACAUCAAUUUGCUCACAGCAGUUUCAACCUAAAACAUAUCAAUAUUUCUGGGAAAUGCAAGAAAAACAAAACAUGGUAAUAGGUGACAAAAAGCUUAAGUAUGCUUUAGGUAGCUUUUUAGCAAUCGAAAUGUUCUCCUCCAUGAAAAAAGUAUUUUCACAAAUUAGCUGUUCUAUACUGUUCUAAGCUAUUCUUGGUUUAAGCACGUAAUUAAAAGGAAUGACCAAGGGCCGUAUAACAUUAACCUCUGCUCCUCAAUAAGAAGAAAAUAGCAACAAGGAUUGGAAGAAUGCCACAGUUAUAACUAAUUCUUUCCAUCUUCAAAAUGGUUGUAUCACUCAUUAAACUUCAUUAGAAACCUCAGAAAAUCGGAAAGAGAUUCAUGCCAACCCACAACAUGCAUGUCAAUCUGUAAAUAUCAUCAUUUGAAUCAAUAAGCAUUGCAAGUACCCUGAUUGAUGCUAAAUAUCAACAACCAAAUCCUAUUAUUAGUUCAAAUGGACUUUAACUACGCUAUUGAUUAUGACCUUAGAAAACCAGUUCUUCCUCAGUUAUUCUUGCUUAAGUUAAAGACUCAUUGAUAACAAUGAACCAUUCAAUACUCGCAAGCAUCCCAUAAUGCAUUUUUAGACAUUCUGAAAUCAAUUUUGGUUAAUCCGUAGAAGUUUUCUGCCAUUUUUGGAUCAUCGCCACGCUCGCAAAGGCCGAUUGUUAGCAAUGAGUCUUUAAAAACGACAUAGAGUUUUAAUAAUUGAAUGAAUUCCUUUUCCGUUCACUUUUUAAUGAGGAUAUGCAUCAAUGAAUGGCAUAAAGGCAAGUGAAAUAAAAUCAAAGACAUCUUCUUGAUUAAAUCAGUAAUCUCAAUAAAUGAAGUUUGUAGUGACGGGUAAAUGAUUGCUUAACAUCUAAGAAUCAACAACGUUGAUAUCUCAUCGAUAUUUGACUUUUGAUAAGACCAAGGAGAUCAUACAUUCAUGAUGUCUAUUUGAAAGGAAGCAUCAGGUGUUUGACUGAUGGGAAACUUUGAGUAUGAAGCCUUCCAGAAUUGUCUUCAGCAUCCUUUUCAGCUAUUACUUCACAUUUACUCAUCCUUUUCAUGAACCAUUUCCUUACUUGUUUAUCAUCAGCAAGAAAGGGAGACUUUGUUUUAAGCCAGACACUUUGGGAAAUGAUCUUCAACUAACUGUAACCGGAUGUUGCCGUACCUCGGCUAGACCUAAAUUUGAAAAUAAUCAGAUUUCGUUCUACAAUGCUUAUUAUUGCUAUGGUGGAUCAAUCUCAGAUGGCAGCAAAUUGCAGAUAGCUUCAGGAUCUUGUGCUACCAUUACAAAUGGAACUACUGGAUUUCUGCAGGUAGAAUCCAGUUCUUCAAUAUAUUGCUUAAGCGAGGUGGAAAAUUCGCCAACUCUCAGAGCAUCAUGCGGCACACCAGAAUAUAAAUUCAUGGCAAACGGAACAUGCCCUGUUUCAAAAUACAAUUCCCAUCUUGUUUUUGACAUAACAAAGAUUGUAUCAAUAUCAGAUGGCUUUGUCGUCAACAAUGAUGGUAGCAAGAUCACUCUCAUAAACUCUCCAACGUCCUCGACAGCGUUUAAAUGGUAUUCCAAUAAACAACUGUUUGCUGUUAUCAAUGGAUUAGAAAAAUGCCUUGGAAUUGACGAUGCAGACAAGCUAGAAGAUUUGAAUGAACGAGAUAUUCUUUUGUCAGUUGGUUGUCAAGGAAUGGAAUUUAAGUUAAGAAGUGAUACAAAAAUAGAACUCCUUCACACUGACUAUUGCUGGCAUAAUGAAGGCAACAGUCUGAAACUCAGACAGUGCAGUAUUGCAAGAGGUUGGAGCUUAUCUACCAUUCCAAUUCCACAAACAUCAACUGUAGUAACCAUGUCAACUGCAAGUUCAAGUAUUCAUACGUCUCAAGUAUCACCCGUCACAUCGACAUCAUCCGUUGUCUCAACAUCAUCCGUGGUCUCGACAUCAUCCGUGGUCUCGACAUCAUUCGUGGUCUCGACAUCAUCCGUGGUCUCGACAUCAUUCGUGGUCUCGACAUCAUUCGUCGUCCAAAGCUCAUCUAUCGUCUUCACUUCAUCUGCCGUCUCGACCUCAUCCGCCUCGACAUUAUCCGUAGUCUCGACCUCAUCUAGAAGCUUGAACGCGCAAGUCAAUCCCUCAGUGACAACUGCUUUCAGUUUUGCUACCAAGCAAAGGACACCGCUCCUUACUGCGUCAUCACUAAACUACAGAAAUGUUUUGCUUACACCAAGUACAAGACACCUGGCAAGCACACUGCCACAAAAUAUAGCUGAAAACAAGGCGUCCAGUGAUAUUAAUUCUAUGACACAGUCAAGCUUGGAUCCAGGAGGCAUCUCCAGCUUGUCAUUUAAUUCAAGGUCCCGCUACAAACUGUGGCCGAAGCCAUCCAAAAGCGUUUAUAUUUGGUCAACGACAGUUGUUGAGGCAAGAGGGACAGUCAAUCAUGGAAUGCAUCUUGCAGAGCCUGGACAGCAAUGUGAAGAAUUUUGCAGGUCAAAAGGAAUGUUUUGCUCAAAACGUGUUGAUACAGGAAACAGAGAGGAUGCUUUUGUAAGCAAUGGAGUGACAUGCAAAGGAAAAACAGGACACAAGUCAUGGCGAUAUGCAUACGAUCCAUGUUACAAUGUUACCGAUGGUGAAUGUUAUGGCUACAUUGACGUGAAUGAUACAAUAUCAUGUACAAUUGAAGGGUUUAACAACAUGCAAAUUAGAAGACUCUGCAGAUGUGUCGCAUCUGCUGAUGAAGACAAUUUCGGUUCAUGGUUGCCUUGGUCAAAAUGUACAGCAUUAUGCAACACAGGGAAGCAAGAAAGACAAAGAAUAUGCAAUGAACUUCCAUGUAAUGCAGAAAGUCUUCAAACUAGAGAAUGCAACACUCAGCCCUGCCCUGUUAAUGGUGGAUUCUCUGAUUGGUCGGUUUGGUCCGGAUGCAGCAAGUCUUGUGGCGGAGGGAACAAGAGCCGCACUCGGUCAUGCAAUAACCCGGUUCCUAAACACGAUGGAUUAGACUGCUUUGGUGAUAAGCUACAAAGCGCAGUGUGCAAUGUUCUUUACUGUCCGGUUGACGGUGAAUGGACAAAAUGGACAGAAUGGUCAGCCUGUGACAAGCCUUGCAAUGGUGGUUGGUAUAGGAGAUGGAGAUAUUGUACCAACCCUGCUCCACUUCAUAGGGGACGAAGCUGUGUUGGCGAUUCACAAGAAAAAGUUCCUUGUAAUCCACAUACUUGCCCAGAUGAAAACAUCACGCUGUCCGAUAUUCGGUUUGACAGAGUAUGGGAAGAGCAGUUGGAUAUUCCUGGCUCACAGGAUUAUCAAGAGUUCUACAAUUUAUUGAAUCAAAAUAUACAAACCAUAUACCAAGGAGAAAGCUUUAAUAACUCUUUUCUGAGUUGCUCUAUACAGAAUUUGAGGAGAGGAAGCAUUGUGGCAACAUUCACUCUGUAUUUCACUGGUCUAGACUCCUUCCAGAUGCUUUUGUUGCAAGAUGCGGUAGAAGAAGACAAAUACCUUGGCAAGCUUAAGAUAAUAAGCUCCAAUAAUUCAUUUGCAUCUAAACUUGUUCCAUCUGCUUCUCCAAUCAACUUUGCGUUGAGUGCUCCAGAACCUAACAUGGUCAUAGCAAAGUGGGAACAAGUUCCAACGAACCACCGCAAUGGAAACAUAACUGGCUACAUACUGUUUUACAAAGAAAAGCUCCUAAGAUCAGAGCACUACCAAAACAUUGCAACUACAAACCUUACAGUGACGUUAAGAGGCCUUCUGUCAUACACCGAAUACAUGUUUCGUGUCCUCGCUUACAACGAAAACGGAAAUGGACUGGCGAGUGAUGCAAUGACGAUUUACACGCAAGAUUCAGUACCAAGUACACCUCCACAGAAUGUUCAAGCAAUUGCAAAUUCACCGUUCACUGCUAUCGUAAACUGGGAGAACCUCAAACAAAAUCAAUGGAAUGGCAAUCCAGUUGGCACACUAAUAAUUUACGUUGACUUUGAAGGACACAAAGCCAAUCAAACUAUCCCUUUUCCAGAGUCUUUUGCCAAGAUAGGAGAUCUUCAUCCGAUGACAGCUUACUUGAUUGACGUAUGCGCAGUGACAAGUAAAGGAGCUGGACCUUGUGAAAGAGUUCAAGCAACCACACUUGCAACUCCACCAACCAGAUCCCCAAGUAACAUAAUGAUUGCAAGUUUGAUGAGCCACAAUUCAAUCCAAGUAUCAUGGCAAAGACUCAGCUCUGAAUAUGUUUAUGGAGAUUUAAAAGGAUACAAGGUCAUCUAUCGAUUAGUGAAACUAGGAGGCAAUGUCAUUGCUACUUCAAAGAAAGAGACUAAAAUCAUCCAUCCUUCUUUGACUCAAGCCACUUUAUCUGAAUUGCAACCAAAUGCACAGUAUAGUGUCAACGUUCUUGCAUACAAUCAGCAUGGAGAUGGAAAAAUGUCGGAGACAUUUACUGGAGAUACAUGUCCCUGUCCCGAGACUAUCUAUACAAAUUUUGCUGCAAGUGCUCCAUACAUAUAUAGAGACAAAGAUGGAGAGAUUGAAGGACUUAUUGCCAAUAUCCUAAAGAACAUGACGUCCUCUGUCUGUGGAACAUGUAAACGAGCGCCGAUAAGUGUUUUGAGUUUUAAAAGCAAUGGAAAGAAUGGCUGGGCAGAGAAAAGAUCAAUUAAGGAGAUGAAGAUGGACAUUGAUGAUUAUGUUCAUAUGAGUUUUCCUAUUUUCGGCAACAGCGAGCUGGAUCUGUACAAUGGAUACGCUUUUGUUCCUCUCUUCAGCCAUCCUGGCGUAAUAUACUUCAUUAUCAAAGAUUCCCUGGCUGCACAAAUUCGAGGAAUGAUACUAAAUGUUCUAAACACCUGGCCAAUAUUCUUAAUCAACAUGCUAUUAAUCAUCCUGUCAGGAUUUUGCAUAUGGAGCUGUGAUUACAAACACAAUUCUGAUGAAAUUCCACCUAGUUUUAUCAGUGGAGUUGCAAAUGGAAUAUACUGGUCGUAUGUAACCAUGGGAACACAUGGAUAUGGUGACAUCACCCCGAAAGGUAUCUUGGCCCGACUAUAUGCAGUUGUAUGGAUUCUUAUCGGGAUUGUUAAUCUUGGCAUUCUUACUGGUGCCUUGACCACAGCCAUGACUGUCUCGCAAGUUUAUGAUAGCUCUAUGAUUUACGAUGUUGAGAUAGCUGCUGUGCAAGACUCCGAGGCAUACAAAAUUGGAUUAAAUCGAAAUGGGAAGAUGAAUAAAAAAAAUCAAUACAAGACAAUAGAAGAAGUGUCAUCUGCCUUAAAGAGGAGAGAAGUGAGAGGUGCUUUGGUUGAUGUUUACUCAGCAGCAAUGCGUAGUGACCUGUUCGACCACCCUGACAUUGUCGCCAAGAAGAAAAUUGUGUAUCCUAAUGCAUAUGGGCUUGUUUUCGCUGGUGAAUUAAAGAAUGCUGCUUCUGCGUUCAGGGAUUAUCUCAAUGUUAACGCUAAAGUAUUUCUUGAUGGCAUGCAGAAAAAAGCAGCUGGAUUACAGGUGCAAAAGGAGAGUGGCGAGACAGUUUCACCCUUCGAUCCCAAGUCAAAAACACUCCACCGCACUUUUACAAUACUCUUUGUCAUAUUUUCAAUCAGUUUUCUGUGUGGGUUGUUGUUCAAUGUGUACAGAUCGAAUCGGAAAAAAAGAGUCGUCUCAGCAGAAGGACCAUACCAAGAAUUGAAACAUUUGGAAAGAUCAUCGGAAGAUAUUAUAGAUGGGUUUGAAACUUCUUCAAGAAAGAAAUUGGACACACUUCUAGACUUCCAUUUAAAAGAAAGAGUGGUUAUGAUAAAGAAAAUGCGAAAAACAGGAUCAUUAUCAGAGGAAAGAUUUGAAACAAAACAGGAAAUGGAGAAUAAUGACAUGACUAACAGAGAAGGAAAUCAACAAAAUGAGCCCAAAUGCUUACUUGCCGAUGUAGAUGAAGUCUAGUAAUAUUUUUGUAGCAAAAUAUCUUUAUCAAGGCUAACACAUCUCACAGCGUAGUAGUACUAGGGCCUACAAGAAUAUCAACUUGAAAAUACCAUCGUGUAUUGUUCAAUAUGCUUUUGGUAGAUAAGUCUUGGAUCAGGGCUUUGGAAUAAAAAUGCUAAGAAACAGUUAUAUUGUUUCUAGAAUCAUAGAUCUUAGCAAAAUUUUAACGUCCAUAGAUCAUCCUGUGAAAAUAAUUUUAGGGUUACAAUUAUUUUAAUUUUGAUGUAACAAACUUUCUCAAAGCACAGUAAAACUGAAAAAAAAUGAAAUGGUGCAAAUGAAUGCUAACUAAUGCUAAUGUAUGCUAAUGUAUUCUGGUGUUAUCACAACUUCUUUCAUCCUUUUGUUUGUCUUUGUGAUAAAGAAAACUUUAGUUUGAGAUUGUUGCCAGUAUUCACACUUGUAUUAUCAAAUUAUUGCAAUUUCAUAUUUGGAAUGUAGACAAGUAAGCAGUUUAGACCAACUGAUACUAUCGUAACUUUCAGUAGAAGGAAAUUUUUUAAUUGUUGGCAAGAGAUCAAAGCAUAGCGACAAAUUUGAGAAGAAUUGCAUAUCAACAUCACUAAAAAGCAAAAGUGAGAAGAAAUGUGAAUGAAACAGAUUAAAGGCAUUGAGUCAUGGUAAAUAGGCCUUCUCUAUAGGGGAUCAUUUAGUUUCGGCGUGAUCGCUG